GACCGGCUGUACUGAACUUAAACACAACCUCAAUAUUUUCAUUUUGCUCUGAAUCUGAAUCUGAAAGGCAGACCAAAUUUGUCAACAUUCAAUGCGUGAGCGUUAAGUGUUCUACCGUGUACUUAAUACAAUGUUUGAUAGCAUUCACAAGUAAUAAACUUAAUUAGUUAAAUUUUUUUCAUUGGAUUAUAUUUGUUAAUCCUUGUACAGCAAAAUGACGGAACCUCCUAAACCUGACGAGAAGAGUUACAUACUUAAUGCUCACAAAGCGGUUUUGGAGCAACAGUCAUCAGGAGAAUCUCCUGAAGGGAGAAGUGGCACACAUCAAGACACCGAACAACUUUUUGUUGAUAAAAAAGAACGGACUACAGGAUUAGGAUUUGCUAGUUUCAACUACAUAAAUUCGAUAUUAGGGAGUGGUGUGAUAGGUAUACCUUUCGCGCUGCACCAAGCUGGAUUUGGUUUUGGGUUUCUGUUGCUGGGAUUCAUGGCGCUGGUGACUGACUACUCACUCAUUCUGAUGGUGCGGUCAGCCCACAUCAGUGGCUCCUUCUCCUACCAGGGACUGAUGGAGGCCGCCUAUGGUCAGCCGGGCUUCUACCUGUUGACAUUUCUGCAGUUCACCUACCCAUUCAUUGCAAUGGUGAGCUAUAACGUAGUAGUGGGCGACACAGUGACCAAAGUGCUGAUACGCAUCUUCGACCUGCGCCCGUGGUCGCUGCUGGCGCGGCGCGACUUUGUCGUGCUGUUGGCAACCGUGUUUGUGACCGUGCCACUCUGCCUACUCAAGGACAUGGCGCGGCUCGCCAAGGCCUCUCUGCUCUCUCUCUUCUUUGUCGUCUUCAUUCUGGUCGCCAUCGUUGUGCGCCUAUUCACGUUCAGCAGUGUUGUUCCAACGACGAGUAAUGCCUGGCAACUUUAUAAUUGGGGAGUAAUUCCAGCAAUCGGAAUUAUGGCGUUUGCGUUCAUGUGUCAUCACAACGUGUUCCUGUUGUACGGAUCGAUUGAGCAGGCUGAUCAGAAGAGCUGGGAAACAGUGACUCAUUACUCGGUGUUCGCCAGCUUCAUUGUCGCUUGUCUCUUUGGAUUGACCGGCUACGCAACUUUCACCGGAUUCGUUCAAGGUGACCUGUUGGAAAACUACUGUCGAGAUGACGACCUAAUGAACAUGGCGCGAGUGGCGUUCAGCGCAUCCAUUCUGCUCACCUACCCGAUCGAGUGCAUGGUGACGCGAGCGGUGGUCGACCAAGUGGUCAACAUCACCAACGCCACCAUGCGUCACUACGGCGUCACGCUCAUCAUCAUCAGCGUCACCUACUUCCUCUCAGUCACCACCGACUGUCUCGCGCUGGUUCUCGAGUUGAAUGGUGUGAUGUCGGCAGUGCCACUAGCGUUCAUCCUGCCGGCGGCCAGCUACCUCAAGCUGGAAGAGGGCUCGGUGUUGUCUCGCAAGAAGCUGCCGGCGCUCGGCCUGGCUCUGUUCGGCACGGUGGUCGCAGUCAUGGGCGCAUUCAUGAUAUUCAGGCACUUCAGCAGUGUCGAACGCUGUGCUCACGGUCGGGUCAUGGAGUACUGCUUGCCUUCAUUCGCCAACAAAACUCACUCCUUCUAAUAUGUUCUAGAGAUAAGAUGUUCAACCAUCAACAAGUGAUUCAUUCACUUGGGACUCGAACCAGCCUUCCAAUCACAAUGAACAAAAAUACUCGCUCUCCUGCCAACUCUUCUUAUCGAAUUAACGUAUAUGAUUUUUGUACUUAAGUACUUUGACUUCAAAUUAUUGUUAAUAUAUUAAAAUGUUUAUAUCUAUUUAAUCGAUGUAUUGAUCGAAUAUUCGUUGAGAUAUAUUGGCCUAAUCAAAGUAUUAUGUGUUGCGUAUACGUAAAAUUUAACUUGUACAUACGAAGUAUCAGAUUUAGUGAUAUUAAUCAUAUUUAAUAGUAACGUUUUAUUUAUUUUAUUGUUGAAUCUUAUUAAUUUUUUAUUAUUAAUCAGUCGUUAGUUGUUUUAACCAAAAUGAUUACUGUAUUUUAAAAUCUAGUUCAUGAAUGUUUUUAUUUUCUUUAUUGAAACCACUCUGAGUGAUAUGGUUGAUUGGGAACAUAAGAUUAAAACAGUAUUACCAGUUCAAUCUUGAGAAAUAGUAUUAUGUAUUAGAACAGCAUUUAUCAAUCAAUAGAAUAGAGAUCCAUGCACAUAUCAUUGCUAUAUUCAAACAAUAUCUAUACUGUAUUUUAUAUAUGUUUCACUUUCAAUUGAAGAUUACCAUUUUAUUUUUAUAAAAUAUAUUUCUUUAGGUUUACAUGGAAUUAUCAUCUAAUGGUCCAAAGAAACUUACUAUCGUUAAACGAUGUGAUAAUAUUGUUAAUUUUAAUAAAUGUGUUAACACUUUAGUAAGAUAUUAAGUAUUAUUAGGUUAAGACUGUUGAUUGAUUUGAAUCAUGACAACUUAUUUUUUAUAUGGGUAAAUUAUUGCACAGCA